AUGCGGCAUCGCCGAAAAGGACCUUCGCCGGGUUCUCCGCUAUGCUGCGACAGACGGCACACAUCCUUCUCACGUACGCUAGCUGAGAACGCUCUGAUCCGCAAUGCCUUCGCUUUCACUAUAGAAGAGAAUCUCUCGGCAUCAGCGAGAGCUACAGAUGCGUUGCAGAAGCACCCGGCGUCGGAAGAACCUACCCUCUCCGGCUGGGGUCUGAUGCACCAAGCCAAGCAACCCAUGUUCCAAGAGCUUCAGAAGCAUUACCCCAUCCGGCACGCUGCUGCGUCUACGGCUAUGGAUUCCUGGGACUCGUUCAUUCCUCCGGCUCCGCUGCUUCACAAUUACCGUUGGGAGGACGUGAAGACCUUUGUCGACAUCGGAGGUGGACGCGGGCCAGUGAGUAUUGCUCUGGCACGACUCUCUCUAGCAACGAAGUUUGUGGUCCAAGAGCUUGAAGUCCCCUCGAAUGUCCAAUUGCCCGCCGAUGUGCAAGACCGUGUCACAUUCAUGGCACACGACAUGUUCCAACCUCAACCGGUCAAGGACGCAGACGUGUACUUUUUCCGAUCCGUCUUCCACGACUGGCCGGAUAAGUACUGCGUCAAGAUCCUGCUGGCUCUGAUUCCGGGACUCAAGCCCGGUGCGCGAGUGGUCAUUAACGAUGCAUGUAUGCCGCCUGCUGGGACGCUUCCCCCAGCCGCAAACCGGGUGAAGAGGUGAGCAGAUGAUUUGAAGAACAUGAAGAGCAAUGUAGCAGCUGACGCGCUUCAUUCCUCAGGCAGUGGGACCUGAAUAUGAUGCUGCUCUUCAACGGACUUGAUCGCGAAGAGACCGACUGGGCUCAUCUGUUCGAGCGAGCAGAUAAACGCUUCAAGUUCUUGGGUGUAAAGACGCCGACUAAGAACGUCGAGGGAGUCCCGCCGGCGUUUCUGCUCAAUAUCAUUGAGGCUGUUUGGGAGCCGUGA